AUGAUCACCAUCAUCAUAAUCCUGGUAGCAGUGAUUGUGCUGAUCAUCGGCUUUGGUGUUUCAGGGAGACGCUCCAUCAGCGUCACCACACUAACCUCCGCUGGGAACAUCGGGGAAGAUGGCAUCUUGGGCUGCACUUUUGAACCUGGCAUCAAGCUCAGCAACAUAGAGAUUCGGUGGGCUAAAACUGGGGUCUCUGGGAUGGUGCAUGAGUUUAAAGGUGGCAAGGACCAUCUAAAUGACCAGGAUGAAGUGUUCAAGGGCCGGACAGCGAUAUUCGCAGAGCAGGUGAUUGGUGGGAAUGCCUCCUUGAUGCUGAGAGAUGUGCAGCUCUCCGACGCUGGUGCUUACAGGUGCUCUGUCACCACAUCCAAAGGGAAUGGAGAAGCAGGGCUGGAAUAUAAGACUGGAGCCUUCAGCUCUCCAGAGAUGCAUGUGGAUUACAACAGCAGCAUGGACACCCUGCGGUGUGAGGCUCCCCGGUGGUUCCCUCAACCUGUUGUGAUUUGGACCUCACACAAUAACAUAAGGGACAACUUAUCUGAGGUCUCCAACACCAGCUUCAAGCUGAACUCUGAGAAUGUGACUAUGAAUGUGGUAUCUGUUCUGCACAACAUUACAGCUAAUACUACCUAUACUUGUGUAAUCAAGAAUGACAUUGCCAAAGCUACAGGAGACAUCAGAGUGACAGAUUCCAGCAUCAAGAAGACAGUUCAUUUGCAGCUAUUGACCAUGAACAUGGCAUCAGCCUCCUCAUCCCCUCUUGCCCUUUACUGGAUACUUCUGUCUCUCCUGUACCUGAUGGCUUUGUAG